AUGAUAAGACAGGGACUGGGCAAAGUGCACCAGCUGAGAGAUACGCUGGCUUUGUUUGCCGUGUUUUUAAGCUUUAAUCAUGCAGGCGUUCUAUGUCUGUUAGCAUGGUUUGUCCUAGCAACAACGUACAAACCACUGAUGUCACAGUGCCUUAUCAAACUAAGUCGUGGCAAUGGACAGCAAUUACUUAACAAUGGGAAUCAUAACAAAGAAAAUGAAGAGGACGGUAGCAGUACCCCUACUACUACUACUACUACUACUAAUAAUAACAAUGGCGAUACCGAUAGAGACGAAUUACAAAGAAAGAAACGAAAUCGCAAUGAUAACGGUAAUAAUGGGAGUAGACCUAUAUUCAAACCAAGUCUGGAUUGGCUAAUUCUACUAUUGGAAUUCGUCUCUGCUCUAUUGAUCAGAUCAAACAAGUUCACUCUAUUAUAUUUUAUGACACCUUUACAAAGUCUCGCGUUGGCGGUAAUAGCUGCAUCCGCAAUUAAUUCGCCAUCGAUGGUGCCAUUAUACGCAGCAUUAUGCUCUGCGUCUCAUGCUACUUUGACUCACAUUACUCCGACCCAUUGGAAAAUUAUGCUGCCGUUAUCAAAUAUAGAGACUGCCAAUACUAAUGGAGUACUGUUUUGUUUAGCUUAUCAUAUCGUAUUUCGGCAAUUCCUAGCAGCGGUAUGGUUAAGUAAUCCUUCGACCCCUACUCCAAAUAAUAACAACAACACCACCAGUAUGGAUCAUGUGAACGUGAGUUUUUCAGACUCAGUGGUAACAAACGUACAAUCCUUUUGUCAACCACCUCAAAAUACUCAGGAAAAACCUUCUUUAACAACUAGUGCUCCUCCGGCAGCAGCAACUAAUCAAUUAUACCAAAUACACACCGAACUGCCUACGUCAACAGAGCCAAAAGCAGCACAGGACAACGGAUAUAAUAAUAUAGAUACGGAAGGAGAUUACGAUACAGAAACUACAGCGGCACAUAACUUACAGACAUUCGUAACAUUACUAUUCCGUAGAAAAAAUGAUAGAUCCGCGGUAGUGGCCCCUCUAUGGGCUCUCUGUAUAACUUUGAAAGCAUUGUUUAUCCAAAGGUUUGGCGGAAUGUUCAAAAGACAUACGGUAGUCAAUGAUCAAGGUCCAAAUUUUGAUUCAAACUCAAAAAUAUCAACUUCAAUGGAUUUGAUUGCACAGAAUAAAACUGGAGAUUUAAAUCAAUUGAAUUUAGCCCCAACGUCAAGUGGUUCACGGGCUACUUUGGAAACAAUAUUCACCAACUCAAAUGGUGGUUCUACUACCACCACCAUUAAUAGAUCGAUGAAUAACGAUUACAAAGUUUGUAUCGUUGAUAUUGCAGCUCAUGCAUUGACAUUUUUAAUUGAAAAUUUGAUAGAUGGUGAAUUGAUUGUCCUAGUGAAUGGAUUGAUUUGGUCGGAAGUUUCAUGCACAUUGGUUAUGGAACGUGUCGGUGACGAAUAUGUCGUGAUUAGUGGUCUUGUUCCUGCUUGUUCGUAUGAUAUUCAAUUUGUUAAUAGAUUAAAUCAAAAAUAUGAUUGUUUGAUUGCAGAUUUAAUGAUUCGAACAAGCCAAUUAAAUAAUAAUGGAACCACAACUAACACUACAAAUAACACUGACAUUUCGAAUAACUUUGAAGCAUUGGACUAUAGUUUCCCAUCUUAUUAUCAUAGAAAAUUCUUAUCUCCCUUAUUGACUUUGAAACAUUCUGUUUUGACAACUAAUGCUAACUUAUCAGAUGAACGUAAUAAGAUUAAAAAGACAAGAAGAGAAAUCAAUAAAAAAAUUAGUUCUCUAAGAACAGAUAUCGAUCAUUUAAAAGUGAAAUUAAAACAAACUACUAUGACAGAUAAUAAACAUUCAAAUAAAAUAGAUACUUUGAAAGCACAAUUACAACAAAAUGAAAAUAAUUUAAUUAAUUUGGAACAAACUUUAACGGAAUUAACUACAGAAGAAAAUUCUUUACAAGAUAUUUAUUUAGCUCAAAAGGAUCAUCAUUUAAAGAAAGAAUUGGAAUUUGAUAAAUUGAAAGAAAAUCUGAACAUCACUUUAACAGACGAUAAAGACAAAUUAAAUAAAUUAACCAAUGAUAAACUACAAUUUGAAACUAAGCUAGAUAAAUUGAUUACAAGGCAUGAUAAAUUGCAAAAAGAUUUAGAUUCAAAUAAUGAAUUUUUUAAAAAUUUUAAAGAUCAAUUUAUAUCGAAGAGAGAAAAAUCAAGAUUAAAACGUAAAGAUUUUAAAAUUAGAGAAAUUAAUGAUUUAGAAUUGUCAUUAAAGGCACUAGAACAAGAUUUAUCAAGAUUGGAAUAUGAAAAUGAUAAUAUGAAAACUUUAAUUACUCAAUAUUAA